CCACCGUGUGCUAAACGAGCAAUAUCGUUAUAUAAAUAGAAAGUUUAUCCACUUGAGCUGCACUUUCCGCAUCUAAAUUGAAAUAGGUAUAUAUUUUGGACAUUGGAGAAAGAAGGAUGCAAGAGACAGGGUGUAGAGAGUGCGCAUUUGAAAUCGCCCACGUGUAGUUGUCGAUCAUCGAAACGCGGUGAUGAAGCGAGCGAGGCCACGUUAUCAGCUUCGCUGAUAGGGGAAGAAAAAAGGCGGAAAUAUAUCAAAUAGACGUGAGCGAGUCACACGCUUGACUCACGUAGCUCUAAUCGCAUAUAUGGCGGAUUAAGACAGGCGUGUAACAUGACGCAGAUCGUCGCGGUUCUGUCCAGGAUUCCUAGGUUAUCUCACCAUCUGCGACUGCGUUUGCCAAAGCUAUGCGUUGUCGACGUUUCGCCAGAACAAGCAGAUGUUUUGUCCAAACUUGACACAGCAGAAAUAUUAGUGGCCGAUUGUGAUUUAUUAAUACCUUAUGCAAACAAAUUAACAUCAGUCAAAUGGAUACAGUCAACAUGGGCUGGCUUGGAGAAAUUUAUUCCAUUUGUACAGAAUACGCAAAAAAAUUAUAUACUCACUCGUUUCUCUGGUGAAUUAUUUGGGUUAGCCAUGUCUGAAUAUGUGAUAGCGCAAAUUGUCAAUUUUGAACGUGAUCAAAGACAACAGUAUGAGAAUCAGAGGCUUGCUAUAUGGAAAGAAAAUGGGAAACUGAAAAACCAUAGGCUUAUACGUGAUUUGACCAUAGGAAUCUUAGGGCUUGGAACAAUAGGGAAGAUUAUGGCAGAGAAAUUAAAGUUAUUUGGUGCAACUAUCUGGGGAAUGACACGCAGUACACCAAAGGAAAAAUUAUCAUAUGUCGAUGAAUAUAGAACUAUAGAUGGCUUGCAAGAUAUAUUAAAGAAUUGCGAUUAUAUUAUUAAUAUAUUGCCAUUCACCCAAAACACAGAUGGACUUUUGAACGGGACCGUCCUACAACAUUGUAAAACCAAAAAUUCUGUUUUUAUUAACAUAGGCCGUGGCUCUGUUAUUAGAGAAGCAGAUCUGAUAAAUGCUCUUGAACAAAAGUGGAUUUCGGCAGCUAUUUUAGAUGUGUUUGAGAAAGAACCAUUGCCAAAAGAGAGCAAGUUAUGGAAUUUUUCACAAGUGACUAUCUCACCACACAUGUCUGGUGUGACAGUUGCACAUGAUGUUGCAGAGCAAUUUGCUGCAAAUUAUGCUAGGUAUAUGCAAGGAGAAAGUAUGAUAAAUAUAUUUGAUUUUAAUAAAGGCUAUUGAUUGUACUGUACCUGUAUAAUGUCAUGUCAAAAUAGGUGUCAUAGAAUAAAAU